CGACGCUCUCAGCUCGUUCUUCUUGCGGCGUUCAUGCUCCCUGCUGCAUACGUGCACUAAUAUAGCACGGCCGUGUCAAUAAUGGCCCCGUACUGGGGAGCCGUCUGCUCGCCGCCUGUGCUUAUGAACGAGAAGUCGCCGGGACCGUUCUACGGUCUUCCCGCAGUGGAUAUCAACUCCCGAACUAUUCAAAGUUGUCCUCGCCAAGCAGGCAAGCAUAACCUGUUCGACGAGCGGCGGAAGUUCGAGCUGGAGCUCCUGAGCUGGAGCGCCAUGUGGAACGCGGAUCUUCCCAUCCACUCACUUCCCGCGGAAGUGCUCCUGCAAAUAUUCAAGGAGUUCCUUCCUCCCACAGAUCCAUCGACGGAGGCGCUAUGCUUUCGCAACGAUGGGUACGUUUCCCGCUCUACGUACAAGCGGCCCUGGACGCGCCUCAUGGGCGUUUGUCGACACUGGUGCGCCCUCAUCAGGAACGCGGAGUGCUUCUGGGGAGACAUCGUUAACUCAGAAGACCCUCACUGGCUGAAAAUUGCAUUGCCUCGCCUGGGCAAGGGUUUCCUCCGCGCCCGGCUCAACGACGACCGCCACCUAGAGGGAACCAUACCGAUCCUCCUGAAGCACGCCGACCAGCUCAAACACUUGAACAUUUCCGCCCGUGUGGCCGAAUCCAAUUCAGAUCCCCUCGCUUCACUCUUGAAUUCCCCUCUGCCAGUUCUUGCUAGUCUGCAAAUGUCCCUGCAACCCUCGUACCAUCACGAGCAUCCUCUCGGUCGGUUGUGCUUUCCUGACAAAAACCACCCGAGUCUCACGUCACUGAAGCUGACACGCAUGUCUCUCUCUUGGACCACAUCGCUCCUUGGCCAUUUGCGGACCCUCUCUCUGUCCAGCUGUGAACUUUCCACGCCAUCUCUCGCUCUGUCGGGUUUCCUCGAUAUCCUUGGGGAUGGCCAGCACCUGGAAGACUUCUCCCUGGACCGCUUCCUUUCUACGGCAUUGUCACCUCAAAGCUUCGCCUCGCACGGGCGUCUUGUGACUCUCCCCAAGUUGCGCCAUCUCCGCCUUACCGAAACUCCUUUCGAUAUCGCGCGGCUCUUGGGCCACAUCAACGUUCCUAACACCUGCUCUAUAUUCCUCUCCGGAAGAAGCAACUAUUACGAUAAAGACGUCAGCUUUAUCUCCAUGCUUCCGCAAGAGCGUGCUCGGGUCGCGUUCGUCGGGUUCACCACCGAUGUCACGUUCGUCAUGACACGGCUGGACAAUGUGAUUUACUGUCGUAGCCCGUUGGCAUCCUGCGAGCUAGAUCUCCGUUGUUCAGCUGGAUACGCUAAGGGCGACCAUUGGCUUGGCGUCGGGCUCUUGCAGCUCGUGGCUCUCUUCGGCCAUGGACAGUGCGCAUUGACCAGCUUGGACAUCACCGGGCAACUGCAUACCCCCCACUCCUCCAUCUGGCUCAAGGUACUCGCCGCCUUCCCCGCGCUCCAGACCCUGGUGCUCCGCGGCUACAACGUCUUCCCCUCGUCCGCCGCUCAAGCGCUGGCCACACCCCCGGUCGUCGUCGGCGAUUCGGAGCAAGGAGACCCGUCCCGGCCCCGCGUAUGCUGUCCCUCCCUGAAGCACCUCAAUAUUCGUGGAUGGGGCUGGAGACCCGCUACUGUGGAAGCCGUCUUGGACUGCCUUGGGGCCCGUGUCGCUCUUGGGGCGCUGGAACUGGAGUCGUUGGAUUUGACUGCACAUUGGGAGCGGGCGGAGGAGAAGGAAUGGGUAGCGGCUUGGGCGCCAUAUCUGCCCCGACUGCGCGGGGUCGUGGGUCACUUGAAUGUUCACUAUAGCGAAUGA